CAGCAAUUGUCGCGGUUCGAGGUCAUGUUGGUUGAAAAAGUAGACAAUGUUCGAAUGGACUUACGCGGUUUUUCGCGAAAACUCCAGGAGUUAGAAUGGAAAUAUAGCGAAUAUGAGAAAACUUUGGAAACCUAUCAGGGAGAUGUUAGUCGAAUACAUGAGCAGAUUUCCACCCCAUCGACCCAACCCCAACCGCCGCCUCCACAGGAACCUCCGUCGUCGGGUUCUUCGUCACAACUCGAAGCGCGCGUCGAGAAUUUAGCGAAAGGAGUACAAAUUUUGAUCGCCGCAACAAGAGGAUUCACUUCCGAUGUCUUCGGGCUGAAGAAGAACGUUUCACUUCUGUUAAACGAUACUAGAUCGGUUCUUGCGUUCGCGCCUCAACUAGCCACAAAACAGAAUCUCAACAGUGGUCUUCUCGAAGUCCAGCAGCGCCAAGUUCAGUCAUGGUCCCUAAAUACCUGUCCAAAAAGCGAUACCGCUACCAGUAACCUUCCGCGAAAUUGUCGCGAGGUCUUCGCGGUCGGUCAGCGGAAAUCGGGCAUUUACCGUAUCCAUCCCGAUCCUUCGUCAAAACCAUUUAUGGUAGUCUGCGACCAGGAAACUCGGGGAGGAGGUUGGACAGUUAUUCACAACCGUUACGACGGUUCUCAUGAUUUUUACCAAAACUGGCACGAAUACAAGCACGGCUUCGGUAAUUUGGGCGGAGAGUUUUGGCUGGGCCUGGAUUACAUACAUCAACUCACUGGCUCGGACGUAAGCGAACUUUUAGUCGAAUUGCAAGAUUUGGACAUGGCAAGCAAGAGCGCUUAUUAUUCGGCCUUCAGUGUUGGACCUGAAACGGAAGGCUUUCCGUUGAAGGUGUUGGGAGGAUACAGCGGUGACGCCGGUGAUUCUCUACUAUACCAUGCAGGAAGUAAAUUUAGCGCGAAGGAUAUGGACCAAGACGGCUGGCCGGAAGGAAGUUGCGCUCAGGCUCACGGCGGGGCAUGGUGGUAUAGAAGCUGCGAUAUGAGUAACCUAAACGGAAGGUACCUCAGCGGCCAACUUCCCGAACAGUACAUCUACCAAGGAAUGUAUUGGGCCGAUUUUAGAGGAGCCCAGUACAGCCUUAAUCGUGCCAGAAUGUUAGUGAGACCUAGGGAACAAAUUAAUAGUUCGCUGGUAGACGAAAUUUUUAAUAGAAGUAACGCGAUGCCCACAUUUGUAAGGGGUCGUGUCUGAAAGUCCUCCAAGUAGAUCUUUUCUAAAUGCGCUUCUAUUCUUCAGUGCAAGUGCCGUUAAUCGAUUGUCCCACAGAGACAUUAAGUACAAACUGUUAAUUGAUUUCACUACAACUUGUAAAGGAUAUGUGAACAAUAAAGUCUCUUAAUUCUA